GUCGAACAAUCGAAAAACAUUUUUUUCCAAGAGCGAAACGUCCGACGGAUUGAUGGUCAGUAAUCUUUAGACUUCGUCUAGUAAAAUCAUCGUUUUAAAGAUUUGCGUUUUUCCCCACGGUAUUAUCAACUCCUGCUUUGAUCAAGAUUGACUUUUCUUAAGAGACCAGAAGUAGGGUUUUUAUAUGAUGCGGAGCACAUCGUAUUGUUGGAUUGCCUUCUUGGUGUUGAUUGGGUUAUGGAUGGUCGCGGCUCAAGAAUGUGGUCGGCCACAAAUGUUUAACAGGAUUGUUGGAGGUUCUUCUGCGGCAGAUGGAGCUUGGCCUUGGCAGGUGGAUAUUCAGACUGAGAGUCAAGGACAUAUUUGUGGAGGAAGUGUCAUUUCAGAGAACUGGGUUCUGUCUGCUGCGCAUUGCUUUCCCAACCCUAAUGACGUCUCCUCCUACAUCAUUUAUGUAGGCCGGCAGCAGCUGCAUGGUUGGAACCCAGAUGAGACCAUUCAUAGAGUCCGUCAGGUGGUGGUUCCGACAGGGUACACAGACCCUCAGCUGGGCCAGGACAUUGCCCUUGUGGAACUGGCCUCACCUGUUACAUGGACUGAGCGCAUUCAGCCGAUCUGCUUGCCCACAGCCAGUUCUCAGUUCAGCAGUGAUAUGAAGUGCAUGAUCACUGGAUGGGGUGACAUCAGAGAUGGAGUUGCUCUGCAGGGGUUUGGGCCAUUACAGGAAGUGCAGGUGCCUAUCAUUGACUCGAAGACUUGUCAGGAUAUGUUUCUGAUAAACCCCACAGAGAAUAUUGACAUCCGUUUUGACAUGAUGUGUGCUGGCUUCCAAGAAGGGGGCAAGGACUCAUGCCAGGGUGAUUCUGGUGGCCCUCUGGUGUGUCAGGUUAGUGAUGGUACCUGGGUGCAGGCUGGAAUUGUGAGCUUUGGUCUUGGCUGUGCUAAAGCAAACCGACCAGGAGUCUAUGCCAAAACCUCUAGUUUUACUAGCUUCAUCCUGUCCAAUGCUGGAGGAGUCCAGCUGAAGAGUGGAUCAAGUCAAAAUUGGGCUGACAGGGUCAUGGUACUUAUCAGGACUGCAAUUCUAGUGUUAUUGGUACAAAUGCUGAGAUAAACACCUUGACCCUUGUUUAUGCUAAAAGCCCACCCAAAAAGAGGCAAUUAUCGUCAUAACAUAUAGGAUUACAGUCCUUUAAAUUAGCUUUUUAUGAAUUUCUACUUUUACAAAACUUCAUUGUAUGUACUUUCCUAUUUGGUUUGUAAUAAAUAUUCCCGACAUGCUAAAUAAUGUAAAAAUGUUUGCAUGUACUCUCUGAAAUCUUUGAAAGUCUGAAAUUAUUAACUGUGUUAAGAGUGGCAAUAGGAAUAAAUGAGUGAUUAUACUGUGCACAUGCACUCUUAAAAUUAAACAGAAAAAGCCUACAGUUAACAAAUCAAACACAAUUAUUACAAUUUUAGUUGAGAUAUUAGUCGAGAUUAUGCAAAUGUAGCCUGGGAUAGUUACCUCAAUGGCAGCUGAGAUUUAUUGUGAAAUUUCUCAAGUAUAAAGCACACUAAAAGAAAUGAUCCCCCAUUUUGCAUAGUAAUUAUGAAUGUUACAUAACGUUUUAUCAUGUAAAUUUUCCAUCUGAACACUAAUGCAAUUUGAUUCUGGUUUAAUACCUUUAUCUAUCGAACCAAUUGUAUUUUUGUAUCUUUUGGUCACUUGUUUUCUGUAAAUAAAGUAAUUUUUG